GUUUAUGGGGAACCCAGAAAAGAAGCCGAAGUAAAAGAUUCUCAAUGGAUUCGGGAUCGUAAAGAUCUUGAGGCCUCAAUGCGACCUGGUUUCAACGAACUUUUACUUUCUGAUUCUAAUACCCAUAAUAUUUACGAAGGUUUAAGUUCAAACUUUUUUGUUGUGAUGUAUAACCCUGAUACACGUCUACCAAUAGUUAUUACAGCACCAUUGCAUUCCGUGCUCGAGGGAACAAUUAGAAAAAUUGUAACAAUGAUCUGCGAAAGGGAUGGAAUUGAUUUAAAGUUUUGGUUUCCAAACAUAGAUGAUGUGGUUCAGUGGGAAGGUGCUUUUAUCACAAGUAACUUGUUUUAUUCAAAACUAAUUGAAUAG